AUGAGGCUGCGGGCGCGCGGUCCCCGGGCCGCCCCCGGCUCCAGCGCCGCCUCCAGCGUGGGGGCCGGCGACGUGCGGCGGCUGGCGCCCCCGGGGCGGAACCCCUUCGUGCACGAGCUGCGCCUCAGCGCCCUGCAGAAGGCCCAGGUCGUGCUCAUGACGUUGACGCUCUUCCCGGUGCGGCUGCUGCUCGUCGUGGCCCUGAUGCUGCUCGCGUGGCCCUUCACGUUCUUCGCGUCGCUGCGCUCCGCAGACGGGGACCCCGAGCAGCCCCCAGCCGCCUGGCGCAGGGUAGUGGACUUCCUGCUCAAGGCCAUCAUGCGCACCAUGUGGUUUUCCGGAGGCUUCCACUGGGUGGUCAUGAAGGGUCAGCAGGCCUCUCCGUCGGAGGCCGCCAUCCUCACGCUGGCUCCACACUCCUCCUACUUCGAUGCCAUUGCCGUCACCCUGACGAUGUCGUCCAUCGUGAUGAAGGCGGAGAGCAGAGACAUCCCAAUAUGGGGAACUCUGAUAAAGUACAUCCGGCCGGUGUUCGUGUCUCGGUCCGACCAGGACUCCCGCAGGAAGACCGUGGAGGAGAUCAGGAGGCGCGCACAGUCCAGUGGAAAGUGGCCACAGAUAAUGAUUUUUCCAGAAGGAACAUGUACCAACAGGACCUGCCUCAUUACCUUCAAGCCCGGCGCCUUCAUCCCGGGGGUCCCCGUGCAGCCCGUGGUUCUGCGGUACCCAAACGAACUGGACACCAUCACGUGGACGUGGCAAGGACCCGGCGCGUUGGAGACCCUGUGGCUCACACUGUGUCAGUUUCACAAUCGUGUGGAAAUCGAGUUCCUGCCUGUGUACAGCCCGUCGGAGGAGGAGAAGAAGGACCCUGCGCUGUACGCCAGCAACGUGCGGCGCGUCAUGGCCGAGGCCCUGGGCAUCUCCGUAACCGACUACACAUUUGAGGACUGCCAGCUCGCCCUGGCGGAAGGACAGCUCCGGCUUCCCGCGGACACCUGCCUUCUCGAAUUCGCCAGGCUGGUGAGGCGCCUGGGGUUAAAGCCAGAAACGCUUGAGAAAGAUCUGGCUAGAUAUUCUGAAAGCGCCAGGACACAGAGCGGAGGACGGAUGGGCCUCCCCGAGUUCGCAGAGUACUUGGGCGUCCCGGUCUCGGACACGCUGGAGGACAUGUUCUCCCUGUUUGAUGAGAGCGGAGAAGGCAGGAUGGACCCUCGGGAGUACGUGGUCGCCCUGUCUGUCGUCUGCCGGCCUGCCCGGACUCUGGACACCAUCCAGCUGGCAUUCAAGAUGUACGGGUCACAGGACGGUGACAUCGAUGAGGACGCCCUGUCUAGCAUCCUCAAGACUGCCCUAGGGGUGGCAGAGCUCAGCGUGACCAACCUCUUCCAGGCCAUUGACCAGGAGGGGACGGGGCGGAUCACAUUUGCGGAUUUCUGCAGUUUUGCAGAAACGUUCCCCCACUUCGCAGAGGAGUACCUAUACCCCGAGCAGACACACUCGGACGGCAGCGCACAGACGCCACUCACUCCAACCCCCAAUGGCUUCUGCGCGGACUUCAGCCCCGAAAACUCGGACUUCGGAAGGAAACCUUUCCAUGAGAAACUGGACUAGGACAGAAGGUUCUGGAGAGAUGUGGCUCUGUGCGUGUGCCAGCCUCGGCCUGAGUUCCACGACACCCGGGGUUGUUCUGACCCUGGUCCUCUGCAGAGAGCCGUGUAGGGACGGGGCUGUGUGAGCCCCGGGGCGCUGUCCCCCCCACGACGCCGGCUGUAGCCGAGUCCCCUGCACUGUCCCCGGGUCACUUGCCACCGUGGUUUUUCCUCACAUUCCUGUCGGAGUCUGCGUUCAGUGGCUCGCACAGGUGGACGGGCCUCCACACGCACACGCACACGCGUGAGACCAAGACGUGUCAUGUGCAUUUUGAUUCCAGCACAAAUCCUCUGCCAGCCUCUGUGGGGUCACAGCGAGGCAGGGCCGUGUCUGAUUUUUAAACAUUUCUAUAUUUGUGAGAACUCAUGAGUAUUUUCUAAACUUCAUUUAGAUACUUCAGGAAGCAUUCAGCAUUUUUAAAAAAAGAAGAAAAAAUUGUUUUCUACUUCAUUUUUUCCUUCGAGGGCCAGAGGAUAUUUAUUUAUGGGCCCUUUUUUGAUAGAACCCGAGGCUGUCUGGGGCUUUGACUUAAACCUCUCUGUGACCUCUCUCGACCAGGUACAUUCCAGCGUCUGGCUCCGCCGCACACCCUGGCCCAGACGCCUUUUCUGCUUCUUUAAUCCCUUUCAAACCCCCUCUUUUUUAUAGACGUCACCAGCUCGGUGUUUGUUUAACGUCAUGUCGUCCACGUCCCUGCGGCCCGGCUCCGGCCAAAGCACGGAGGGUCAGUGAGGUGGGGGCGUCGCAGGUCGCGGCCCCCGGCCCGGCUGGGGCGACUAGCAGGUCCUAGUGGGAGGCGGGUCCUGGCAGGGCACUCCCUGUGGACACCUGCCUGGCCGCCCACCCACACCCCUUGUGCAUCCCAGCUACGUCCCGCCCCGCGGCCCCUGCCCAGCGUCCUGGAAGGCGCCGGGGCCUGCACCUGAGUCGGGGCGAGGAGCAGGGUCUCCACACGCGGCGGGUGGGGGGGCCUCCCCCACCCCGGCCCAGCCCCGCCUCGCAGCUCCCGCCACAGACGCCCACUCUUCAAGCACACGGGACCACAGCCUCUAGCUGGGUCUGAAGCGAAGCCUCCAGGUUUGCUUGGGGAAAAAGUCCUUUUGAAUUUCUAAACAAAUUGGAUUUUGUAUUUGGGUGUCUCCAUAGAACGUGACCACCAGGGCCACCAGAAAAAACGCUCGCGGGCCUCCCCGGGCGUACGGGCGUGCACUCCCACCCCGCACACGCGGCCUCCCCGGCGCGCGGUCGUCGCCGGCUUGUCGCUGCAGGAGGCACAGAAAUUCAUUCUUCGAAGAGGAACGUCCAAGGGACCCAUGAAGGAGGCAAACAAACGAAGAUACUCUGCGGGUGGGGACCCCCACGUGGCCCCCGCACCCCGGGUCUGCGCAUGAAGGGCUUUUUGAAUGAGGCGCCACCGAGCGUUCAGGAAGAGUCUCUGAAAGCAGACCCAGAACGGACAUUUGUUCCUCCCGAUCCCCUUCCCCGCCGCCGCUCCGCGUCCCGGACCGUGCGUGUGCGUAGCCUGGGAGUCCGUCCCUUCGGUGGGAGGUGCGGACUGAAGAGGCCCCAGGAGGACUGGGGUCCCUCGGGUUUUCCGUGGAAUGAAUAAAAUGUAGUCUCGCCCACAUGACGA